AUGUGCCGCAUUUGCGGACGCACGAUCAAAUGCAUCUUUGACUCGAUGCCCUCAAGGGUGCACUCAUCCGUGCCGAAACCUGGGAGUAGCAGCAGAUCCCUGCUCCGGCCUCACCAGACAAGAUCUCACCAUGUCUCAUCGAGGACCCUCGUGCAGAGCGCCCUGAACAUACCGUCCAAGCCUGUGGCCGCACCGCCCACAUUUCUCCUGCCGUUCCGCGCAAAGCUUCACCAGACCAGGACGCGGCCGUCCACGACGACGCCGAUAUCCCGAUUCCAGAACACCCAGCCUGAGAUCCCCCCGAGUUAUCUGUCCGCUACAGCUGACCAGACAUCCUCGUCACCUUCCGCCACCGCGACCACCACGUCGGUAUUCGCUCCGCGGGCGACCACACAAUCUCUCGACCAGCCCCUCGUCCUCUCCCGGUCCCUGCAAACCCUUCUCCCCAAGCUCCACGUCCAAAAACCGCACUACAUCGUCACGCACAUCCACCGGUUCCCGUACCUCCUCACGGAGGGCGACACGCUCCGCCUGCCGUUCCACAUGAAGGGCGUGUCGCCCGGCGACGUCCUGCGGUUCAACCGCGCCAGCAUCCUCGGGUCGCGGGACUACACGCUCAAAGCCGGCACCGCGGCCACCGAGUCCUACGACAAACGCCGCACGGGCGAGCCCAACUACCUCGACGAGAGGCUGUUCGAGUGCCGGGUCCGCGUCAUGGGCAUCGAGACCCAGCCUAUGACCCUCAAGGAGAAGAAGAAGCGGCGCAACCGGCACCGCAAGAUCGUGCGCAGUAAGCACAAGUACACGCUGUGCCGGGUCAUGCAGGUCCGCGUCAAGGCUCUGGACGAAUUGAUCCAGGGAGAAAAGGGGAUGGUGCUUCUCGAGGGCCAGGAGACUGAGAACGGGAACGACAAUGUCCACGCGCAGUAG